AUGGCAGCGAGCGUGGCGUUGCUGGAAGCUUCAGUGGAGGCGACGCUGAGCACCCUACGAGCACAGGCGCCGCAAUGGAAGGCGCAGCCCUUCACCAUCUUCCGCGUCCCCGCCUACGUCCGCGGGAGCAACCCGACCGCCUACGAGCCGCGCACGGUGUCCAUCGGCCCUUACUACCAUGGCGCUGCCGCCCUCCGCGCCAUGGAGGACCACAAGUGGCGCUACCUCCACGACCUGCUGUCCCGCAACGCCGCCGUCAUCUCGUCCGACCUCGUCGAGGAGAUGCGGUCGCUGGAAGCCCGGGCGCACGCUUGCUACAGCGAGCGCCCCUUCCCCGACUCCGACGACUUCGUUCGGAUGCUCCUCCUCGACGGCUGCUUCAUCCUCGAGUUCUUCUUCAAGUGGCACACCAGGGAGCCCGACCCGCUCUGCGACGUCGGCUGGGGCCUCACGCUCAUCGCCACCGACCUGCUCCUGCUGGAGAACCAGAUCCCGUUCUUCGUCGUCGAGAGGCUCUACGACGUCGUCGCCGGCGCGCAAGGUAGUAAGGAGUCCCUCAUCAAUCUUCUCCUCGAGUACAUCAGCGACGAGGAUCCGGUCGCGCGCCCUGCCGCCGACUGCAAGAUUCACCACCUCCUUCACUUGUACCAUGAGAGCUUCGUGCCCAACCGGUCGCCGGAGGCAUGUACAGCAGCCGAUGGCGACCGGAGGAAGAAAACGGCGGUCACUAGGGCGAUACCGCGCGCCACGGAGAUGAGAGCAGCGGGGGUGAGCUUCGUGCGGCGGAGCUCGGCGCGGCACAUGUACGACGUGGCGUUCGACAGCCGCAGAGGCGUGAUGGAGAUACCCCCCGUGGUGAUCGACGACAUGAAGAGGCCGCUCCUCGUGAACCUGAUGGCUUUCGAGCAGACGCGGCAGGGCCAAGAGCCGGGCGGCGCUCAGGCGCGACUACUUCGGCAGCCCGUGAUGCGUCCGAUCGGGGAUGCACGGUAG